UGUGUCCGUGCGGCUGGGGGAGGGGAGCGCUCUCGGUUGUCCUGGAAACCGCCCGGGCGCGGAGUUGGGCGACUCGGGGCGGAGACUCCCUUCCUCCCUCCGCGAGGCCUUCCCCAGGGGCCCACGCGGAGUCCGUGUGGACUGGGUCUGUGAGUCCUGACCCGCGGGGCGAGGCUGGAGAGUCAAACUUAAGAGGAAAGCUGUAUACCUGCACAAGUGGUGGCUGCCAUUGAUGUAAACACUGUUGCUAACGAAGUAUACAAGUACAAUUUUCCUCACACACAGUUACUGGCCAAGACAAUCGAAGGCAUUACACUAGAAGAGUUUGACAAAUUGUCUUUCAAUAUGAUUUUAAUGAGCCCUCCCUGUCAACCAUUCACCAGAAUUGGCCUGCAAGGUGAUGUGACAGACCCAAGGACAAAUAGCCUCUUAUAUAUCCUGGAUAUUCUCCCAAGAUUACAAAAAUUACCGAAAUAUAUUCUUUUAGAAAAUGUUAAAGGCUUUGAAGUAUCCUCUACAAGAGACCUAUUAAUACAAACAUUAGAAAAUUGUGGUUUUCAGUACCAGGAAUUUCUGUUAUCUCCAACAUCUCUUGGCAUUCCAAAUUCAAGGCUCCGGUAUUUCCUUAUUGCAAAGCUUCAGUCAGAACCAUUACCUUUUCAAGCCCCUGGUCAGGUACUGACGGAGUUUCCCAAAAUUGAAUCUGAACAUCCAGAAAGAAAUAGAAUAGAAGCAGAAAAUAAAAUGGAAAGAAAGAAAAUUGAACCAAAUAUUUGCUCUGAUAAGAGCAGACCGUGUUCUGGAAAAGAGACCAUUCUUUUUAAGCUCGAAACUUUAGAAGAAAUUGACAGGAAACAUCACCAGGACAGUGAUCUCUCUGUGCAAAUGCUAAAAGAUUUUCUUGAAGAUGAUGUUGACAUGAAUCAGUAUUUUUUACCGCCAAAGUCAUUGCUGCGAUAUGCUCUUUUGUUUGACAUUGUGAAGCCCACGUGCAGAAGGUCCACGUGCUUUACCAAAGGUUAUGGAAGCUACAUAGAAGGGACAGGAUCUGUGUUACAGACCACAGAGGAUGUGCAGAUUGAGGAUAUCUACAAAUCCCUUACCAAUUUGCCACAAGAAGAAAAGAUAACAAAAUUGUUAAUGCUUAAACUUCGGUAUUUCACUCCUAAAGAAAUAGCAAGUCUCCUUGGAUUUCCUUCAGAGUUUGGAUUUCCUGAGAAGAUAACAGUGAAACAGCGUUACCGUCUACUUGGAAAUAGUCUCAAUGUGCAUGUAGUAGCUAAACUAAUCAAAAUCCUUUGUGAAUAAUUUAAAAAUGACUAUGAAAGAUGGUCACAUUAUUUCUUCAUAUCCAGAUGGUAAUUCUAAAAUUCUAUUCUGAAUUGAUUUGAUGAAAUUCAACUAAACUAUCUUUAUCUCUUUAAAAAGAAGUUUGAAUUUAUCAUAAAAAGGCCAGUUUUUUCCCUAAAUUUGUAUUACUGUAUUUUGUAAAGCAGAAAUUAUUAUUAUGCUUUAAGAGAAUAUAUUUUCAUAUGAAAUUGCUAAAUAUAUCUGUAAAAUAUUCUUUUAAAAAAAAAAGAUUUAUUUAUUUAUUUAUUUAUUUAUUUAUUUGACAGGCAGAGAUCACAAUUAGGCAGAGAGGCAGGCAGAGAGAGAGGAGGAAGCACGCUCCCUGCUGAGCAGAGAGCCCAAUGAGGGGCUCAAUCCCAGGACCCUGGGAUCAUGACCUGAGCUCAAGGCAGAGGCUUUAACCCACUGAGCCACCGAGGCGCCCCAAAAUAUUCUUUUUAAUAUUAUGGUAUUGACAAAUUUAGGAACAUUGGAGUUUGAAUGUCUUAGUAUUUUAUGAAGUGUCAUGACAGGCAUAGUAUUGUGAACCCGAGAUAUUAUAUUUUUAUAUGUUAAUUAAACAAAUUACUUUAUGAAUCCUAUCAUUUUUUUGUUAGAUGAUUAAUUCCUCAUUCUAAAAUGGUGAUUCUAAUUUUGGCCUAUUUCAAACAUUGAAUGUUUUACUUAAUUCCAAUCCUUUAGGGAUGCCGGGGUGGCUCAGUGGGUUAAAGCCUCUGCCUUCAGCUCAGGUCAUGAUCCCAGAGUCCUGGGAUCAAGUCCUGCAUUGGGCUCUCUGCUCAGCAGGGAGCCUGCCUCCUCCUCUUUCUCUCUCUCUGCCUGCUUCUCUGCCUACUUGUGAUCUGUCUGUGAAAUAAACAAAAUAAAAAAAUCUUUAAAAAGAAAAUUCCAAUCCUUUAAACAUUUCUUAAUUGUAGCUAAACAAAUGCAUAUAAUAUUUUAAAACGAAUUAUCAUCAUUCAACAUUCUUACAAUAGUCUGAAGAAAAUGUCAGAAAAAUAAUCCUAAAUUCUUGAUUACCUGUCCAUUGGAAGCUACAGAAAAUGUAGAUACACAUUAUCUGAUUAUCUUUUAUUCUACCUCCAUCUGAACCUUGAAGCUUCAUUGUCUCUUCUUUUGUUAUUUGUAAAUAACUUCCCUUCAGUUUGCAUUCAUCAGAGCUUGCUCUUGUCUUCCUUCUCUGCUGCUGCUUGUAAGUUAAAUUUUCCAUCACAUUCUAAGGAUGUAGCAUGACAUUCAGAUUUUAGGGAGGAGACUCUGCCCUCUGACCCCAAUUCAUAUAACUGUUCUGUGAAUUAGCUUUUUAAACUUUUGCUUUCUCUUUCAAUAGACUUCUUGGAAUUUGGGUUUCUAAUCAGAUUGUCUUAUACCAUAAAUCCUGUGGUUUUGAUUUCAGUGAUAAAUGCAAGGGACAAAGAGAAGAAAAUUGAAGUAAGAUCAGAAAUUGUAUCACCAAAUAAAAAUGAUAUUUUUAUUCUUAAAAGAUAAUCAUUUUGAUUGGAGAAAUUAGAACCCUGUGCCCUGGAAAUAUAAAAUGGUGGAAAUAUAAAAUGGUGCAACUACUGCAGAAAAUAGAUGAUGAUCCCUUAAAAAAAAAUUGAACAUAUAAUUACCAUGUGAUCCAGCAAUUCCAGUUCUGGAUAUUUACCCAAAAGGAUUGAAAGUAAGGACUUGAACAGAUAUUUGUAUACUAAUGUUUAUAGAAGCAUUAUUCACAAUAGCCAAAAGAUGGAAAUGAUCAAAGUGUCCAUCAGUAGAUGAAUGCAUAAACAAAAUGUGAUGUAUACUUCUGUGGAAUAUUACUCAACCAUGAAAAGAAAUUCUGACAUGUGCAACAACAUGGAUGACCCUUAAAGAUAUUAUGGUCAGUGAGAUAAGCCAGACACAAGAGGACAGAUUUUCUAUAAUUCCACUUAUAUGGCAUAUGUGAAAGCAUCGAGUUCAUAGAGACAAACAGUAGACUAGGCUUUACCGUGGCUUGGGGCACCUGGGGAAUGGGAGUUCGUGUUUAAUGGGUACAGAGUUUCUGUUUGGGAUGGUGGAAACAUUCUGGGGAUAGAUAGUGGUGAUGGUUGCACAGAGGUGUAGAUGUACUUAAUGCCACUGAACUGCAUACUUAACAGUCCGUAGAAGGGCAAGUUUUAUGUUAUAUACAUUUUACCACAAUUUAAUAAAAAACAUAAUUGUCCCUCCACCAACAUUUUUUUCAGAGGAGCUCAUCGAGAAGUAUGGAUAUAGGGAAGCUGUAGGCCAAUGCAUACAUAGAUCAAUGAUCACAUCUACAUUUUGUGUAUGAUGUUUAAAGACAAACCUUAUUACAAGUCUCUUAAGUUUUAGUAUACAACAGUCUGAAAUUCCUUUGGCACACUUUCACUAGGUUCUCUUCACUGUUGAAGAAUCUCACUAAUAAAAAGGUUCAGAGUUUUACUGUGAUUAAGCUAUAAUUACAGUGUCCUAUGCCCCAUUGAGCAAUGUCACACAAAAUAACUGUUGAGAACAGUGCACCAACUGUAAACCUAGAAAAGCUCCGUCGAGUGUUUUCCUCCUAACUAAAAGAACAUUGCUUUGUGAACUUUUUAAAAUUAUUGAAAUAUAUUCACGGGCGUCUGAUGAUUCUUGCCCUUGAAAAUAAAAAAGUAGCAAGUAUAAAACUUACACCUUAACAAAGACAUAUUUAACUGUGUAAUAUACUUAGUUUAUAUGUACGUGUAAGAUUAGUCUUAAAAAUGGUAUUUUAUUGAAUGCCUGCUCUGUUAUCAGUAAUAAAUAUGCCUAACAUUUGUUCUAGAAAUCCUAUUUUCUGAUGUUUGGACUUACUGUUAACUUAUGCAGUAUUUUGGAAGUUAUAGCCUCUUCUGCUAAAAAGAACUGUGUGCAAUGAAAUCUUUGCCAUUUCUAACAGUAAACUUGAUUUUUUAUCCUC